CCACCACCCCCUCUGCCCACAGGUGGACGACCGCCAGGCCAUGUGGUGAGUCCGGGACGCGCCCACCAGCAUGCCGUGGGACGCGCGGCCGCCAGGCGGUGGCGCCGACAGCGGCCCUGAGGGCGCAGGCGCGGCGCGCUCGCGGUUGCAGAAGCAAUGCCGCAAGUCUUCAUUUGCCUUCUACCAGGCGGUUCGCGACCUGCUGCCAGUGUGGCUGCUAGAGGACAUGCGCGCCAGCGAGGCCUUCCACUGGGACGAGCGUGGGCGCGCCGCCGCAUACUCGCCUUCCGAGGCGCUGCUCUACGCGCUCGUGCACGACCACCAGGCGUACGCGCACUACCUGCUGGCCACCUUCCCGCGGCGAGCCCUCGCGCCACCCAGCGCCGGGUUCCGCUGCUGCGCCGCGCCGGGGCCGCACGUGACGCUGGCGGUGCGCUACAACCGAGUGGGCAUCCUGCGCCACAUCCUGCGCACCCUCUGUGACUUCCCGCCUGAGGAGCGCACGCGGGUGCUCGACCGGCGUGGCUGUAGCCGCGUGGAGGGCGGUGGCACGUCGCUGCACGUGGCGUGUGAGCUGGUGCGCCCUGAGUGCCUCUUCCUGCUGCUUGGCCACGGUGCCUCUCCGGGCCUGCGUGACAGUGGUGGCCUCACACCGCUUGACCUGCUGCUGCGCCAGCUGGGCCACGACGCAGGGACCGCCCCUGCCAACGGGGCACCCGGCGAGCCUCACCAGCGCCACUUGCUGCUUCUCGAUUUACUGGCGCUGUACACGCCUGCAGGUGCCACAGGCCCGGCCCGCCUAGAGCUGCUGGGCGACCGGCCGCGCUGGCAGCGGCUGCUGGGCGAAGACAAGUUCCAGUGGCUGACGGGCCUUGCGCCGCCCUCGCUCUUCACACGCGCCAUGCAGGUGCUGGUCACCGCCAUCUCUCCCGGUCGCUUCCCGGAGGCCUUAGACGAGCUGCCGCUGCCACCCUUCCUGCAACCACUGGACCUCACGGGCAAGGGCUAGACCACAGGGCACCCUGGGCACUGGAUUUUUGGAGAAUACUAUUUUUCAGAGCGUUGUACCCAGCACUUUACAUACAUUGAUCUCUACAGCA